AUGGCUACACUCAGUGAUAUAGGAAUGGCAGCAGCAAUCAAUAUUCUGACUGCAUUUGCUUUCUUUGUGGCGUUUGCCAUACUCCGGCUUCAACCUGUGAACGAUAGGGUCUACUUUCCGAAAUGGUAUCUCAAAGGACUGAGGGCCAGUCCGUUGGGCGGGGCUUUUGUAAGUAAGUUUGUGAAUUUGGACUACAGGUCAUAUAUGAGGUUUCUGAAUUGGAUGCCCGCGGCGUUGCAAAUGCCGGAACCUGAGCUGGUUGACCAUGCGGGGUUGGACUCGGCUGUUUACCUGAGGAUUUACUUGACAGGGCUAAAGAUUUUUGUACCUAUCACAUUGCUGGCCUUUUCAGUCAUGGUCCCUGUCAAUUGGACCAAUACCACCCUAAAGAAGUCAAAUUUAGUUUACAGCAACCUAGAUCAGCUUUCUAUUUCAAAUGUUCCUCUUGGAUCUAAUAGAUUUUGGACUCAUUUAGUAAUGGCCUAUGCCUUUACAUUCUGGACAUGCUAUGUUUUGAGAAAGGAGUAUGAGAUCAUUGCAACAAUGAGAUUGCAUUUUCUUGCAUCAGAACAACGGCGCCCUGAUCAGUUCACAGUACUGGUUAGAAAUGUGCCACCAGAUCCUGAUGAAACAGUCAGUCAGCUUGUGGAACAUUUUUUUCUUGUCAACCACCCAGACCACUAUCUCACUCAUCAGGUUGUUUACAAUGCAAAUAAACUUUCUAAUUUAGUCAGUGAGAAGAAGAAAGUUCAGAAUUGGCUCGACUACUAUCAACUAAAAUUUUCAAGAAAUCCAUCCAAUAGACCAUUAACAAAGACUGGAUUUCUUGGUCUUUUGGGUAAGAGGUUGGAUGCAAUUAAUCAUUAUACAUCUGAGGUUGAAAGACUAUCACAAGAGAUAUCCUCAGAGAGAGAUAAGAUUACAAAUAACCCUAAAUCUAUUAUGCCAUCAGCAUUUGUGUCCUUCAAAACUCGAUGGGGUGCUGCUGUUUGCGCACAAACUCAACAAACCAGAAAUCCGACUUUAUGGUUGACUGAGUGGGCUCCAGAACCUCGUGAUGUUUAUUGGGAUAACCUGGCAAUUCCAUAUGUUUCACUGGCAAUUAGGAGGCUUAUAAUUGCUGUUGCUUUCUUCUUCCUCACCUUCUUUUUCAUGAUACCCAUUGCAUUUGUUCAGUCCCUUGCGAACAUUGAGGGUAUUGAGAGAGCAGCCCCCUUCCUAAAGGCCAUUGUUGAAGUGAAAUUCAUAAAGUCAUUUAUCCAAGGCUUCCUCCCCGGAAUUGCUUUGAAGCUUUUUCUGAUAUUUCUUCCUUCUAUAUUGAUGAUGAUGUCCAAAUUUGAAGGAUUUACUAGCAUAUCAGCCCUGGAGAGGCGAUCUGCAACUAGAUAUUACAUUUUCCAAUUCAUUAACGUAUUUCUUGGGAGCAUAAUCACUGGAACUGCGUUUCAACAAUUGGAUAAGUUCAUCCACCAGUCUGCUAAUGAUAUCCCGAUUACAAUUGGAGUUUCAAUUCCAAUGAAGGCGACCUUCUUUAUAACUUAUAUAAUGGUUGAUGGGUGGGCUGGAGUUGCUGGGGAGAUUCUAAGAUUGAAGCCAUUGAUCAUGUAUCACUUAAAGAAUACCUUCUUGGUAAAGACUGAAAAGGAUAGGGAAGAGGCCAUGGAUCCAGGAACCCUUGGGUUUAACACUGGUGAACCACAAAUACAACUCUAUUUCCUACUUGGCCUUGUUUAUGCUGUGGUGUCCCCAAUCCUACUGCCUUUCAUAAUAGUAUUCUUUGCCCUGGCAUAUGUUGUUUAUCGUCACCAGAUUAUAAAUGUCUACAAUCAAGAGUAUGAGAGUGCUGCAGCAUUCUGGCCAGAUGUCCAUGGGCGGAUCAUAACAGCACUUGUUGUCUCGCAAUUGCUACUGAUGGGAUUAUUAAGUACAAAAGAAGCUGCUCAGUCCACUCCAUUGCUCAUCACACUCCCGGUGCUAACCAUAUCGUUCCAUCGAUUUUGCAAAGGCCGUUAUGAACCUGCUUUCAAAAAAAAUCCAUUACAGGAAGCAAUGAGGAAAGACACAUUAGAACAUGUGAGAGAGCCUAAUCUGAACUUAAAAGGCUUCCUUCAAAGUGCAUACGUCCACCCAGUUUUCAAGGGUGCAGAUGACAGUGACAGUGAUGGAGCCGCCGAAGAAUUGGAGGUGGAGCCUGCUGUUGUCCGAACAAAACGCCAGUCUCGAAGGAACACACCCGUGCCCAGCAAGUAUAGUGGUUCAGUACGGUCGUCCGAAGCCGAAGAUGUUCUCAUGAUACAGCCUUAG